GCACCCAUUGGCUGACCCCCCAUCCCCGGCCAGCCCAAGCUCCGUCGCCAGCUGCAGGGGUCCCUCGAGGCCCAGAUAAUAAAACGCCCCUGGCAGAACCUGUACACUAUCUGACUACCCUUCUCGCCUCUACAACAAACCUUGGAAGUUCAGGAUUGUUGAGGACAGCCAAAACACCUCCUGCACCUGCAACACGAAAGUGUCCCCUCCUGUCCUGGACUGACCAAAACCAUAUUUGCCUUCUUUCAGGUCGCUCGCUCCCAACCUGAGGAGACCACCUCCAUCAUGGCUUCCCUCGUGAGCGAGACGCUCUCUGCCGUCAAUGCUACUGUCGCCAGUGGCUUGAACUCGACAACACCCGCCGACUACUUCUCGGUAUUCGAAGAAGUCUCCAAGAUCCAUGUCCAACUCAACGUGGCCGAGCGCCUGUGGGCCUCAUGGUAUCUCUACAUGCAGAAUGACACCCUCGCCACCGGCAUCAUGUCCUUCAUGAUGCACGAGAUCGUAUACUUUGGCCGCUGUCUGCCGUGGAUCAUCAUUGACGCCAUUCCCGCCUUCAACAAGUACAAGAUCCAGAACCAAAAACUGCCAACAUGGAAGGAACAAUUCGACUGCGCCGCCCUCGUCUUCCUGUCCCACGUUACCGUCGAGCUCCCCCAGAUCUGGCUCUUCCACCCAAUUGCCACCUACUUCGGCAUGGACUAUGGCGUGCCCUUCCCCCCCAUCUUCAAGAUGGCCUACCAGAUUGCCAUCUUCUUCAUCAUGGAGGACGCAUGGCACUACUGGUUCCACAGGGCCCUGCACUACGGCCCGCUCUACAAGAACAUCCACAAGCUGCACCACACCUACUCCGCCCCCUUUGGUCUCGCCGCUGAGUACGCCUCCCCGAUUGAGGUCAUGCUCCUCGCCCUUGGCACUGUCGGCUCCCCUAUCCUCUGGGUCUCCCUGACCGGCGAUCUGCACCUAUUUACCAUGUACGUGUGGAUCGUCCUGCGUCUAUUCCAGGCCAUUGACGCCCACUCGGGCUACGACUUCCCCUGGAGCCUGCGCCACUUCCUGCCCGUCUGGGCCGGCGCCGACCACCAUGACACGCACCACGAGAAGUUCAUCGGAAACUACGCCUCCAGCUUCCGCUGGUGGGACUACUUCCUGGACACCGAGGCCGGCGAGGCCGCGAGCAAGGCCCGCAGGGAGAAGAAGCUUGCUGCCAUCCGGGCCAAGAAGGCCCAGUAAGCGUUUUCCAAAGUUGGGGGGGGGGGCUUCAUUCUGUCACGUACAGACCAAUGUCGAUUCUACGGACGGGGACAGUUUUGGCAUACAUCUCAUGGAAGCCACAAAGAUGGGCGUGUUGAACACGUCAUAUGACGCACUGGAAACGAGGACCUAGAACAUCGCACGGCGCAGCCAGAAAUGACUGCCUCCGUUGCAAGCCAAGAUAUAUGACCGCGAGCAUGUUAGAGAGGGUGGCGUCCUCAAGGAGCUUUAGUUCCAUCUGUAUAUAGCAGUUUGCCCGCCGCCUCUCGCUCGGCGCAGUUUAGAAUAAUACUAGUAAUACUUAUGAACG